AUGGUCCUUACUGUCCCCUCAGCGCAUUUCCUGGAGCAGUUAAAGAGCGAGUGUCAUUUCUCCAACGGGACAGAGCGGGUGCGGUACCUGCAGAGAUACAUCCACAAUGGGCAGGAGGACGUGCGCUUCGACAGCGACGUGGGGGAGUACCACGCCGUGACCGAGCUGGGGCGGCCGGACGCUGAGGCCUGGAACAGCCAGAAGGACAGCCUGGAGCAGAAGCGGGCCGAGGUGGACACGUUCUGCAGAGAGGCCUACAGGGUGUUGGAUGGAUUCCUGGUGCAUAGGCAAACGGAGCCCACAGUGACCGUGUAUCCUUCAAAGACCCAGCGCCUGCAGCACCACAACCUCCUGGUCUGCUCCGUCAACGGCUUCUAUCCGGGCCACAUUGAGGUCCGCUGGCUGCACAACGGCCAGGAAGAGGGCGGGGUGGUGUCCACAGGCCUGAUCCGGAACGGGGACUGGACCUUCCAGACCCUGGUGAUGCUGGAGACAGUUCCCCAGAGCGGGGAGGUCUACACCUGCCAAGUGCGGCACCCCAGCAGGACCAGCCCUGUCACCACCGAAUGGAGAGCCCAGUCUGGAUCCGCACAGAGCAAGGUGCUGAGUGGAGCCAGCGGCUUCGUGCUGGGGCUGCUCUUCCUCGGGGCGGGGCUGCUCAUCUACUUCAGGGCUCAGAAAGGACACUCUGGACUUCAGCCCACAGGACUCCUGAGCUGAGGUUGCCAUGGUGACAAGGGCAGGAGAGAACCUUCUGUCCCUUCCCAGCCUGAAGAGGUUUCCUGCUGGGCUCUCACUCCACAAGGAGAGCCACCAAAGGAUCUGGCUGGGUCCUGGCUCCUGACCCCAGAGCAGCUCCUUCCUGCUGGUUCCUCCCCGCCCUGGACCUGGAGG